ACCAAUAAAGAGUAGUAGUGUGUCUACUCAUCACACACUGCACCUAGUAGAGAGAAACCACUACCAUAUGGCUUCAUCUACCGCCACCACCCCUCUCGUUCUCCACGACGACCCUGCAAUCCGGCAAGAACAACUACUUGCCGAAUCUUCAGCAGCUGGUCGUCGUCAUCUAUCCGUUGCCAAAGUCCUUUCCGGGAUCCUUGUUUCCAUUCUAGUUGUUUGUGCCGUGGUUGCUGUCAUUCACAUCAACCAAUCCAACAAACCACAUGAGCCCAAUAACAACGUAGAAAAUAAACCCUCCUCCGCAACCAUGUUUACAACCGAGUCACAAAAAGUUGAUCAUAUGAAACCAAUUAUUACCGUAAACUUGGAAACAAAUGCUGAAGUUGAGUGGGAACGCUCAGUUUACCAUUUCCAACCUGAUAAGAAUUUCAUUAGCGAUCCUGAUGGCCCAAUGUAUCAUAUGGGAUGGUAUCAUCUCUUCUAUCAGUACAACCCCAAAUCUGCUAUCUGGGGCAACAUCACAUGGGGCCACUCAGUAUCUAGGGACAUGAUCAAUUGGUACCAUCUCCCUUUCGCCAUGGUCCCGGACCAUUGGUACGAUAUCGAAGGUGUCAUGACCGGCUCCGCUACGGUCCUACCCAACGGCCAGAUCAUCAUGCUUUACACCGGCAAUGCUUACGAUCUAUCCCAAUUACAAUGUUUGGCAUAUGCCGUCAACUCAUCUGACCCACUCCUUAUUGAAUGGAAAAAAUACGAGGGUAACCCUGUAUUGUUCCCACCACCUGGGGUGGGUUUCAAGGAUUUCCGGGAUCCAUCCACUUUAUGGAUGGGACCCGAUGGUAAAUAUAGAAUGGUAAUGGGAUCCAAGCACAACGAGACUAUUGGUUGUGCUUUGAUUUAUCAUACCACUAAUUUUACUCACUUUGAACUACUCGAGGAGCCACUACACGCGGUUCCUCACACGGGUAUGUGGGAAUGUGUGGAUCUUUACCCUGUAUCCACCACACAUACCUACGGUUUGGAUAUAGCAGUUGAUAACGGGCCAAAUGUUAAGUACGUCUUGAAACAAAGUGGGGAUGAAGACCGACAUGAUUGGUAUGCAAUUGGGACCUACGACAUAGUAAAGGAUAAGUGGUACCCUGAUGACCCAGAAAAUGAUGUGGGUCUCGGAUUGAGAUAUGACUUUGGGAAAUUUUAUGCGUCUAAGACGUUUUAUGACCAACAUAAGAAGAGAAGAGUCCUGUGGGGUUAUGUCGGAGAAACUGAUCCACAAACAUAUGACCUUUCAAAGGGAUGGGCUAACAUUUUGAAUAUUCCAAGGACCAUUGUCUUGGAUACAAAAACACAAUCAAAUUUGAUUCAAUGGCCAAUUGAGGAAACGGAAAAGCUAAGAUCAAAAAAAUUCGAUGAAUUUAAAGACGUGGAGCUCCAUCCCGGGUCACUUGUUCCUCUUGAGAUAGGCACGGCUACACAGUUGGAUAUAGUUGCGACAUUUGAAGUUGAUCAAAAGAUGUUGGAAUCAACACUUGAAGCCGAUGUUUUGUUCAACUGCACGACUAGCGCAGGAUCGGUUGGGAGGGGUGUGCUGGGACCAUUUGGUGUGGUGGUUCUAGCGGAUGCAGAACGGUCUGAGCAACUUCCUGUGUAUUUCUAUAUUGCGAAAGACACUGAUGGAAGCUCAAAAACUUACUUCUGUUCUGAUGAAACAAGAUCAUCAAAGGAUAAAAAUGUAGGGACAUGGGUGUACGGAAGCAGUGUUCCUGUUCUCGAAGGUGAAAGUUACAACAUGAGGCUACUUGUGGAUCAUUCGAUAGUGGAGGGAUUUGCACAAGGUGGAAGAACAGUGGUAACAUCAAGAGUUUAUCCGACAAAGGCCAUCUAUGGUGCGGCUAAAAUGUUUUUGUUCAACAAUGCCACCGGCAUUAGUGUCAAGGCGUCUCUCAAGAUCUGGAAAAUGGGGGAGGCACAACUUGAUCCUUACCCUCUUGAUGGUUGGACUUCUUAAUUAUUUUGAAACAUAGAAUAUAAUAUUUGGCACCACUUGAUCCUUUCCCUCUGGAUACUUGUAUGCUGUAAUUGUGAGGUAUGAUAGCAUGAUUCUGGGCUAGUAGGGGGUGUUCUUGUAAUUUAAUAUUUGGUACUUUUUUAUGAGGUUAUUAAUUCAAUUAUUGUUCUCGCGCUUCAUAUAU